CUAGAGUGUUAAGCACCGUGCACUAUGGAAAAGAACAAAAGUGACAAUCAAAACUCAAAGAAUUUAUGGACACUUUGUGCAAAAAAUCAGCACUUGAUUGCCGACGAAUUGGAGAAAAGUUGUCCGUCCCAUGUAGAAUGUGCGAAAUCUCUUUCGAUGCAAAUCUACUGGGAACUGGAACAAGAAAUGGACGAUGAUGGUGAUGAGAGUUAUUCCGACCCUAGUAAUUAUGGAACUAAGUCCUCUAAAAAUUCACAAGAAUUUAAAAAAUGGAUUGAAAAUGUUGUUUGUGACGAACACAACCAAGAAAAGAAAGCAUUGUCAGUCUUGUUUGAAAAUACGAACAAGCGUAUGUUAGAAAACAAGGAUAAAAUUGAUGCUAUUCGAACCACAAUCCUUGAACUUUCUGGUGGUCACAAAGCACUGUUGGAAAAUUGUGAGGGAAGUUUACAAAAGAUUGAUGGAUUCAUGUACAAAGAUGUUGACGACUUUGAGAAGCAGUCGGGCAUACGAUGUCGUGCAAAGUGUCAAAAUUGUGGGUCCAUCAACACCAAACCAAUCUCUUUGGUCUCACAUUCCUGCAGUUUUGAUGCAUUGCAACAACUCUUCACAUUGAGACUGACGGAUUUGAAGGGCAAGAAAUUGCUUGACAUCGGUUCAGGAAUGGGUUCCAUUCUUUACGCAGCCUAUUGUCUUUCCGAAUCUGCACAAAUCACUGGAAUUGAACUUAACAAGCGAUUGUGUGACAUGGUAUCGAAAGUAGCAGUUUCACACGGAAUGGACAAAAAUGGUCGGUUACAAGUGGUUAAUGGAGAUUUGUUAGACCAUGCAGACCUUCUUCAAGAUAGUAAUGUCAUAACUUUUAACAAUUCCUUUGAAUACUUUGUCCCUAGAAAUGUCCAAAUAACUUUAUGGCAGUUUAUUAAACGGAACAUCAAGUCGGGUUCCCUACUGGUCACAAACCCUUCCUUGGAAAAGUUGUUUUCUCCUUUGCAACCCGAACUAGGAAUUAAAAUUGAUGAGUGGGUAUCGCCAUUUAUUUUCCCUCCCCAUGAAGCAUAUGAUAAAUUAGUAGCUUUAUCAGUAAUUCAGAAACCUGACGAAAUAUUUUGUAUUUACAACGUGAUCUAAAUAGUUACAAGGAUAUAUUUACAAUAAUUUACUGAAUUUUAUACUAGGCUAAAGCAGAGAUAACAAAGUUAUCAAAAACACAAUGUAAAUUUGGUGACUUGUCUAAUGUGACUCGUUCAUACUGUACUGCAGAGAAUGUCCUUCGGACUGGUACUGGUUACCGUACUGCAAAAUGAUGAUAAAGUAGGUCACGACUGCCCCAAGAACCUGGAAUAAUCAAAUAUCUAUGUGCAUAUGUAUACACAUAACCACCCAUUAAAUUUUUCCAUUAUACUUACUGUCACGAUGAAGGGCUUAUCCACAACAAAGUAGUGUCCGCCUGUUAGGCACAUGCGUUGGUGAAAGCUCAUUUGCAAACUCAGGAUGAGAUGCCUCCUUGCAACGCUGUCGUGGACACUGAUCCCCUUCGUCUUGAUUAUCUCGUAACUCUUGUUGGCCUCUUCUGACACGUAUGCGGCGUGCAGGGAAACGGACAGGAAGACGUAAAUGUUCUGGAUAAGGAGAACAAUCGCCACAAACGUGUCCAACCCGUCCCCGUGACUGUUGAAGAUUGUAAAAGUGUUGCUCAUUGCAACGUAGUAGAGCUCAAAGCACAUGUUCAAAAUCUGCACAUUUUGAAAUAAAAUAUGAUUAUAAUGUCAUCAUAAUUUUUAUAAUUUUGAUAAUUAGUUUAAUACAUAUUAUAUGGAUUUACUAACCUGACUUCCAAAAUAAGACAAUAAAAUCGCCGCAAACACUUUAUCCGU